UUUUUUGGGCUAGCAAAGCCAAAAAAAAAAAAAACGAUUUCCAGAGAGAGAAUGAGUUAAACAUUGUUAUAUAGCUCUCUGUACAUCAAAACCCUCGGUUAGGGUUCCAUAUUUACAGUAUUUUUCGUUAAGGUCAUGUUUGGGUGAUAAGUUUUUUAGGGAAGAAGAAGAGGUCGUGGUGGUAGCGGUGGUGGUGGUGGUGGUGGUGGUGGUGUUGGUGUAGGUGUUGGUGUUGGCGAAAAGGGGGGAAAAUGUACAGAGAGCGAGGGUUUAAGCCGGAGGUGAGCUCGGUUGAUCGGAAGCGAAUCAACGACGCCUUGGAUAAGCAGCUGGAAAGAUCGUCGCCGUCCACGUCUAGGGCGGUGGUAAUCAACGGUAGGGAUAAGCAGCCGCUGUCUAUGCUUGUGGGGAAGACUGCUGCUCCAUCUGAUCAGAGGGACUCUCGCUCUGCUUCUCUCUCUAAAGCCAACUGCUCCGAUGUGGAGGAAUCUGAAACAGACAGUGAAGAAUCUGAUGUCAGUGGUUCUGAUGUUGAAGACACAUCUUGGAUUUCAUGGUUUUGCAACCUUCGAGGAAAUGAGUUUUUUUCUGAAGUUGAUGAUGACUACAUUCAAGAUGAUUUUAACCUCUGUGGGUUAAGCAGCCAAGUUCCUUAUUAUGAUUAUGCUCUUGAUUUGAUCUUGGAUGUUGAGUCUUCUCAUGGCGACAUGUUUACCGAGGAGCAAAAUGAAUUAGUCGAGUCGGCAGCAGAGAUGCUUUAUGGACUAAUUCAUGCUCGAUACAUUUUGACCAGCAAAGGCAUUGCUGCUAUGUUAGACAAGUACAAAAAUUAUGAUUUUGGGAGGUGCCCCAGAGUUUACUGUUGUGGACAACCCUGCCUCCCAGUUGGUCAAUCAGACAUUCCACGAGCAACCACAGUAAAAAUAUACUGCCCUAAAUGUGAAGAUGUCUACUACCCUCGCUCGAAGUAUCAAGACAUUGAUGGAGCUUAUUUUGGAACAACAUUUCCUCAUUUGUUCUUGAUGACAUACGGGCACUUAAAGCAACAAAAGGCAUCCCAGAACUAUGUUCCCAGAGUGUUCGGAUUCAAGCUUCACAAGCCAUAAUGCUGAAGUUUCAAGCUUCAUUUUUGUCGAGAGAGUUUACUCAAGAGGACUUGAAAUUGAAGUUGCAUAGGUACUUUGCAACAAGCAGAUGAUGCAUUUGGGAAUCCAGUGAAGUUCCGAAGCCCCUCCCUAUAUGUCAUCAAUAUAGAAUUUCGUUGUGUUGAAAAAUUGAUGUUUUAUCAGAUUUACAGUCAAGUCAAGCAUCUAUCUAAUUUUCAAUAUUAGCUCAUAUAGCUGCCCUUUUAGGCCAGCUUCUCCUUGGUGUUUUUCUUUUCGUAGAGUUCUUCUGCUUAUGUAAUGCCUUCUUCCAUUUAUUAUUUCUUGAUUUUGUUUUUGUUGCCUUCAGACUGAGAAUUUUUUUUAUAGUAUCCAAUGCAACUUUACAUGUUUUA